GUCAAGAAUGGAAGGAUAUGCGCUCCACUUUGAGCCCUGCAUUCACCAGUUCCAAGAUGAAACUCAUGGUACCGUUCAUGGUUGAAGUGGGCGAGCAGAUGAUACAAGCUUUGAAGAAAAGAUCAAAGAUUCCGGUGAUGGCUACGUAGACAUUGACUGUAAAGACCUGACGACGCGCUACGCCAAUGACGUGAUCGCUUCCUGUGCCUUCGGACUGAAGGUGGACUCCAUAACAGAGGAGAAUAAUCAAUUCUACGCGAUGGGCAAAACAGCUGCCACGUUCAACUUCAAGCAGAUACUCGUGUUCUUUGCAUUUUCAACGUUUCCUAAGUUAAUGCAGAUCCUGAAGGUAACGAUCUUUAGUGAUGAAACUAAACACUUCUUUAGCCACCUGGUGACAAGUACAAUGAAGGACAGAGAGGCCAGGCACAUCAUCAGGCCUGAUAUGAUCAACAUCCUCAUGGAGGCAAAGAAAGGAAAAAUAUCUCACGAAGAAAAGCCUACCAAAGAUAUUGACGCUGGAUUUGCUACUGUUGAAGAAUCUGCUGUGGGCAUGAAAGAAGUUAAUAGAGAAUGGUCUGACGAUGACCUCAUCGCGCAAGCUAUUCUAUUCUUCAUCGCUGGUUUCGAGACCGUGUCAUCAGCGAUGUCGUUCCUCCUCCACGAGAUCGCAGUGAACCCUGACGUCCAAGAGCGGCUGUACCAAGAGAUCAUGGAAAACGAGGCUAAUAACGGAGGGAAGUUCGACUACAACUCCAUACAGCAAAUGAAGUAUAUGGAUAUGGUAGUUUCAGAGGCUCUAAGGCUCUGGCCGCCAGCAAUUGCCUUAGACAGGGUCUGUAUCAAGGAUUACAACAUGGGCAAGCCCAACGACAAAGCUGAAAAGGAUUUCAUUCUUCGCAAGGGUCAGAGUGUAGGUAUUCCUGUAUGGGGACUCCACAGAGACCCCCAAUACUUCCCGAACCCAGACAAGUUUGACCCCGAGCGAUUCUCCGACGAGAACAAACACAACAUCAAACCGUUUACAUACUUACCCUUUGGUUUGGGACCCAGGAAUUGUAUUGGAUCAAGAUUCGCUCUCUGUGAAGUGAAGGUGAUGACGUACCAGCUCCUACAGUACAUGGAAAUAGCCCCGUGCGAGAAGACCUGCAUACCAGCCGUGUUGGACAAGUCCACGUUCAACAUUAGAAUCCUUGGCGGACACUGGAUUCGACUGAAGGCCAGGUAGUGACAAAGACGAAAGUAUUCUGGAUUUUGACUAUUAUUUAAUCCCAUUAAUUUAUAAGGCAAGUUAUAUAAAGAGUAUCCCGUUCUGUGGUUUGGGGUGUUUGAGAAUUUAACCACGGCAUCUCCUGCCUGUCGUAAAGGCGACUAAUGGGGGCUAACAGGGGGUCACGGGUGAUCAGCCGAGGGCUGUCCACCGUUAGUAACGCUGUGAGUCUUUAAGCACAUCGGGGCAACCCUCGGUAUGGACGGCAGCGUGAAUGGUAGGCCUCAUGCUGUCUUUUAAGCAGAGGGCAUUCUUUAGUGUAAAGGGGCUUUUGAGGCACUUUCUGCGCAAGACCAAACAAAGGUUACCUAUAUAAAGAGUAUGAAUGUGCUUAAACACAUGGUAUGCAAGAUGAAGUUUAAAUUAUAAAUUAGCACAUACAAUUCCGUAAUCUCUGUGUACCCCAAUAGAAUACAGGUGUGAUGUUAAAUGUAUAAAAUAGUUUAAAAAGUCCAGAUUCGACUUAUUAGUUGGGUAAAUUUCCUUACGUAAUUUUUUAUUAUAUUUUUGCACCCACGUCCUUGUAUCCACCCACCACCUGACGUUAACUAUUCGACGUUAGCAUUUGCUGCCGCAACUGUCAAUCAGUUGACAGUUACUUUAACCGAAUUGAUUUGUAUAGCAUUUAGUUGAAGCACCUGUCACUGUAUCAGUGUUAUAGCAAUUAUAUCGAAAUUAAAUAUUGACAACUCUUUUUAUACGAGUUCUGUAAAGUGACUCAACUGCUCCUCAUGGUAAGUAAAGGGGAGUCCAAUAGAAUGUCGACUGACGACAGUCACCCCCUCGACAGUCGACACAAUUAUGCCGGCCUGUUAGAACCGAAUAAACACGGGCUGAUCCCGGAAUGGACACACUUAUACAGGCUACUAUGGCGAAUUUUAAGACCUUGUGUACGGUGGUCAUUAUCCGGGCGGAUAUAAAAUAUAUCCUACCACCAGCAUGGCACUGCGUUGCAAUUUUUUGUUGUCUGGUGAAACAAGUUGAAAACGUCUGCGUACAUUAGAAAAAGCCUAUAACAUUAAAUACCUACACCUAUACAUUUGUACGAUAAUAUUGUGUAUGAAAAAUGUGAUAUUGUUAAAUGAAUAAUAGGUAGAUAUGAUAUAUAGAAAUAUAAAAUAACAAUUUGAUGAUACUAUGUAUAAUUAAUACGCAUAAAUACUUUCAUUUUUUUAUUGUGAUACGUUAGGGAGAAACUAUGGUGUUAUGAAUACAAAAUAUUUUUAUUUUGGUAUUGUUUACUACAGUCUGUUAGAAUUUAUAGUUAUUAAUAUUUAUAAUGAUACAUCUUGUCUUUUUAUAUGAAACUAUUAUUAAACUUAAAUAAAAACAAUUUUGAAGUAUA